AUGUCAGAGAGAGUCGGGACAACCGAGAUUAUCGACAAGUUUGGCACCAAAAGAAUGCUCCGAGGCAUCCUGAACCCAGUGGUGAUCCCAACAGCCGUGAUAUCCUUCUUCAACUUCAUCACUGUUCAUGGCCUGUCCUUUUUCCUUCCUACCAUUGUUCGCACAAUAUUUCCUCAGCACUCUGUCCAAAACCAGCAGCUUCUCACGGUUCCGCCAAACGUUCUGGGCACGAUCAUGUGCAUGCUAUUCUGCUAUAUAAGCUGGAAGGUGGACAAGCGCGGCAUCUUCCUUAUCAUCUGUGCACCGUUCUCAAUGGUAGGAUACAGCAUGUUUCUGGCAACGUCUAACCCGCAUGUGCGCUAUGCAGCAACAUUUCUGCCAGUAUGCGGCAUCUUCGCGUUGGGAGCAUUCCCCAAUGCACACGUCUCGGCAAACGUCAUCUCGGAUACUUCUCGGUCCUCGGCGGUCGCCUUCAACGUGAUGCUUGGUAACAUUGGAGGUUUGGUAUCAACUUGGGCAUUCCUCCCUUUCGAUGGUUCAGAGUAUCGCAUCGGUAACGGUCUCAAUCUGGCAGCACAGUCAUCUAUCUUUUUGAUUGGCAUCUGCAUGUACUUUGCGAUUGAGAGGAGUAACAAGAGAAGGUCAGCGGUGGAUGUGGAGAGGGAAUUAGCUGGCAAGACUUUGUCGGAGAUCCAAGACCUCGAAUGGCGACACCCAGGCUUCAGAUGGGAGAAUUAA